CCGCCCACAAUGCAUCGCUCCUUCCUUUCCGACAUUUACCCGGCAAGAUGGCUCCUGCUAAGAAAGGUGGAGAGAAAAAGAAGGGUCGUUCUGCCAUCAACGAGGUGGUUACCAGGGAAUAUACAAUAAAUGUGCACAAGCGUAUCCAUGGCGUGGGUUUUAAGAGACGUGCUCCUCGUGCCAUUAAGGAGAUCCGUAAAUUUGCCGUGAAGGAGAUGGGUACUCCAGAUGUCCGCAUUGAUACUCGUUUGAACAAGGCUGUUUGGGCUAAAGGUGUAAGGAAUGUUCCAUAUCGCAUUCGUGUGCGUUUAUCCAGAAAACGCAAUGAGGAUGAGGACUCUCCUAAUAAACUCUACACGUUGGUAACUUAUGUUCCUGUCACGUCCUACAAAGGUCUGCAGACAGUUAACGUUGAUGAAAACUAAAUUGUAAAUGGUUCUGCUAAAAAUGAACUGCGAAUAGCUUUUUUUUUGAAACCUCUACAGAUUCCAAAACUGAAAUAAAGUAAUGUACAAAGUA